GCUUCAUAUCACGAAAUUCGACCGUUGGAGCAAAAACACACUCCUACCAAAAAAAAAAAAAUUCUCACCUUUAAAAUCUCAAAACCAAACCCUAUUUUCACUUUACUUUCUCCAUAAUCUUCUUCUAUCUUCUAAAAUUCUAUCUUCUAUCUUCUUCCCUUAAACCCUUAAAAAAAGCCCUCUCUUUGCUUGGAUUUAAUUCAUAUAUUGCGGAGAGAGUGGCAUUUUCAAUUUCACCAGGAAAAAAAAAAAAUCCAAUCUUUCAGUUGAGAAAAAAAAAACCCAGAAAAAAUGGAGACAGAACAAAGAAGAAGAAGUGGGAUAAAUCUUCCAUCUGGGAUGUCUCAAACAUCCUUAAAACUUGAAACUUAUCGUUCAAAUACCUCAAAAUCAUCAAAUGAAACAACCCCAUUUCGAUCAAAUCUAUGUUUAUCAUCUCCAAGAUCAAUUUCAUCUCCUAGAUCAAUUACUAGUCUUUCUUCAACAACUUCAUCACCCACUUCAAAAAAAUCAAUUUGCAGUGACAGAUUUAUACCUUGCAGAUCUUCUUCUAGGCUUCAUACAUUUGGGUUAAUUGAGAAAUCUUCUCCUAAUAAUAAUAGUAAUAGGAAUAAUAGUAAUAAUAGCAAAGAAGGAGGGAAUCAUGAGGCUUAUACUAGGUUGUUAAAACAAGAGUUAUUUGGUGCUGAUUUUGUUUCUUCUCCUUGUUCUACUGCAGGAUCACCUAUGAGUAGUCCUAAUAAGAAUAUGCUGAGGUUUAAGAUGGAGUAUUCUUCACCGAAUUCGCCUUUCUCACCUUCAGGGCUCGGUCGUGAUUCCGGGGUUUCUAGUGAGGUUUCUACUCCUCCUAAGCCUCCUAGGAAGGUUUCUAAGACACCCCAUAAGGUUUUGGAUGCUCCAUCACUACAGGAUGAUUUCUACUUGAACCUGGUUGAUUGGUCAUCUCAAAAUUUGCUUGCGGUUGGACUUGGUACCUGUGUGUAUUUGUGGAAUGCAGCAAACAGCAAAGUGACAAAAUUAUGUGACCUGGGACCAAAUGAUGGUGUCUGUGCAGUUCAAUGGACAAAAGAAGGUUCCUAUGUUUCUGUUGGAACAAAUAAUGGUCAAGUUCAGAUAUGGGAUGGAACUCAGUGCAAAAGGGUAAGAACAUUGAAUGGCCAUCAAACAAGAGCGGGUGUUUUGGCAUGGAGUUCGCGAAUAUUAGCCUCUGGUAGCAGAGACAGGAACAUACUCCAACAUGACCUUCGUGUCUCAAAUGACUAUGUCAGCAAGCUUUCUGGACAUAAAUCUGAGGUGUGUGGGUUAAAAUGGUCUCACGAUGAUAGGGAACUCGCAUCAGGAGGCAAUGACAAUCAGCUCUUGGUUUGGAACCAGCAUUCUCAGCAGCCAAUUCUGAAACUAACUGAGCACACAGCUGCUGUGAAAGCCAUAGCUUGGUCACCCCACCAGAGCGGUCUUCUUGCUUCUGGAGGUGGUACUGCAGACCGUUGUAUUAGAUUUUGGAAUACUACAAAUGGGAAUCAGAUAAACAGUAUAGAUACAGGAAGUCAGGUAUGCAAUCUUGCAUGGAGUAAGAAUGUAAAUGAAAUAGUUAGCACUCAUGGGUAUUCUCAGAAUCAGAUAAUGGUGUGGAAGUAUCCUUCACUUGCAAAGGUUGCUACUUUGACAGGCCACAGCUUGCGAGUUCUGUAUCUUGCUGUUUCUCCUGAUGGUCAGACGAUUGUGACUGGAGCAGGAGAUGAGACCCUAAGGUUUUGGAAUAUCUUCCCUUCUGUUAAAACACCGGCACCAGUCAAAGAAACUGGGUUAUGGUCAUUGGGACGAACCUAUAUUCGUUGAGAUGUUCAGGUUAUCUGUCCAAGAGUGAACGAUGAGGUCCAUGAUUAAUUGAAUAUAGCAGAGUGAGUAAAUUUGUAUAGUGGAAUUUUGUAUAGCCAGUACAUUGGAAAGUUUCUCACACGAAAAUAUAGCCAUGUAUGUGUUGAGCAUCUGUAGUAUAUACAUAUAAUGUGACGAGUUUCUGCACAACGUAUAUAUAUUUACACACGAUAAUUCAUUCAUCAAAA